GGUCAUAUUCUUGGGACGCUGGCUAUGGCACAGGCCAAUUCCCUGGCGAUCCGUACGGGAACGCGAUGCCCGAAGUCACUCGUUCGGUGCGCGCGGACGCCUUCCCGGCGCCGGGGGGCUUCCCCGGCUUCUUCGCCGCGCCCGGGGGCUUCCCGGAGAAGGACAUGCUAAUGUUCGACAACAGCCUUAGUGUUGUCACCAAGACCGCGCCUAGCGCCACCAACAGGGCCACCGAGCUGAAGUGCUUGGAGCGGCGUUUCAUCCAGCAGGCGACGACGUUGGAGUUGGAGGACAUGGCGCUGAAGACGAGCGGUGACGAUGCCAGCGCUGCGGAAGAAGCCUUGGCCAGAUGGGUUGAGUUCCUGUGCAAAGAGAGCAGCGCCAAGAUCACCAAGGACGGUGCCCAGACUGGCAGGGCAUCCGUGACGGCCGUCGUCUUCACCAGCGUCGCCCACGCUUUCGCGCGGUGCACCGUCAGGGCCAAGGUCUACAGGACCGCCUGCCGCACCCGCGGGGGCGCCCGGGCCUUGGUCCUCGAGAUCUCGAGGCGCAGCGGCGACGCGGUGGCGUUCUUCCACGUCUUCAAGAGGGCGUCUGACUACCUGCUCGGGAAGCGCAUGACCGAGGCGCCUGGCACCAGCGCCGAGCUGCCCCCGCCGGAGGCCGGGCGCGAGGAGGCGCCGGCGCCGGAGGCGCUUCCGGCGACGUCUGGAGGACGCGAGCUCCAACCCGGGGCGUUUUACUCGCUCCUGGGCGCGAGCUGCAACGAGUGGGGCCUGCAGGCACAGGCGGAGUUCGCGGAGCUCGCCGCCUCGCUCGUCAGCACCCCCGCAGGCCUCGAGAGGCUCCUCGCCGCGCUCCACGAGGUGCAUGAGGCCCUCGCCGUGCUGCUCCUCAGCGCCCACCUCGCCGCGGCCUACCCGGCCGCGGUGGCCGUCGCCAAGGUGCUGGCCUCCCCACACGCAGGCGCGGCGGCUGGACCCGCCGCCGAGGCCCGCGCCAGGCUGCAGGACGCUGCCGCGAGGGCGGCCGAGUCGGCGAGGGAGCCGCUGGUGCGGGCUGCCCUGGGCUGCCCGGCCGUGCUGGCCUGAGCUUGCCGCGAUGCCGGGCUCGCGCAGUUCACACAAGGAGCGCAUCUGGCCACCGCUGAGCUCUUGGCCCGACGGGCCCGCGAGCGUGUACAGCCGCGGACCCCGCUUGCCGCGAGAACCCUUCAUGAUGGACAGUCUCGCGGCGGGCGGCCGGUCGCGCUCCAGCAGGGCAGUCUCACCGUCUGUUCCAUCCUCUUCCCUACUCUUUUCUUGUCCCUUCCCCCUUCGUCCUCUCCACCUUGGAGUUGUUUCCUUGAUGGUCGUCGUCCUCUUGCUCCUUCUCGUGGAGAUGCUGGUGACGGACGAAGGUCCGUCUCUUUGUGCCCUUGCAUUGGCUGGUACUUCAGCGUGCAGCUGUUGCGAGGUGGAGAAGGGCUGUAAUACUCUGCCAUGCGCUAUGCUGGCGCGUAGGUGGUUCUUUAACCCUUGAUUUCGACAUGCCGUCAACAAGACGACCAUGCAGCCAUGAAGCCGUAUUCUGUUUGAAGCUGCUCCGUCUCCGUCCAAUAACAUGCAAGCAGCGCAUGAGUGUGGACCUUGCACGAUCCGUAGGCAACGCAUGUCCAUUUUACCCAAUCUCGAACCCACAUUGCUUUGCACAUCCGAGCCG